CCCCCCAAGCAGCCCCUCAACAGGGGAAGCCACAUAAAAACCAGCAACAUCUGAUCACAGAUAUAUACCAGAAACCGAGUCAGAAGACGGCAGAACUUUCACUAGGGUGUGGAUUUACCUGUAGCAUUUCAUGUGACUCUUUGAAGGUUGUGUUCACGCCCCAACAUGAAGAGUGGAAAUGCAAGUUUUUCAGCCUCAGUGAUUUGGCUUUGGCUUGUGAUAGCAGCGGUGCAGGCAGAAGCAGUGGACAACAUGGAAGGGAAUGCAACUUCUUCUGAGAGGCCCAUCCGUCAGUCUCAGUCUCUGUGUGCUGGUGAACAGGAGUACAUUCACAAGAGGAAACAAGUUGUUCUGGAGUCACUCAACAGCCUGGGAACCAACUGUACUGCAGAUUCAGUUCCCCACAUUGCUCUGCUGGCAUCAGGUGGGGGUCAGAGGUCAGCCGUGGGUCUGGUGGGUACCCUCUAUCAGAUGGAAAAAGAAGGUCUGUUGGACACUCUGCUCUACCUGGGAGGAGUUUCUGGCUCAACAUGGUCCAUGUCAUCCCUGUACAGCGACCCAAAGUGGAGUGCCAACAUGGACAGAGCGGUGUCCACGCUGUCAGGUCCUGGGGUCGAGCUUGAGCAGGCUCUGACCUGGUUGGAUGAGCGGUCAAAGGAGGAGCACUUCUCUCUCACUGAUAUCUGGGGGGUCUUGACCUCUGCUGGGAUCAUGAAACAGAUGGACCUACGGCAUCUUUCAGAUGAGGCCAGCAGAAAUGCCUCCAACCCUUACCCCAUUUACAGCGCCAUAGAGAAACACUGCUUUUCAGAUGGGCCUAUAGAAGGGAAAUGGUUCGAGGUGAGCCCUCAUGAGGCUGGUUUCACAGAGUUAGGUGUCUUCGUGGAAACUUCUCUCCUUGGCAGCAAAUUCCAAAGUGGAGAGCUGCUGGAGAGGAAGCCAGAGAUGGACAUGGUCAAACUACAAGGUGUUCUUGGUUGUGCGCUGGCUCACGAGGAGAUUAUCAGAGAGUUCAUCCCUCCCUGGCUGAACGUGCUUGGGCAUGUAGAUGGUGCUGCUGAAGAGUACCUGCGUGUGUACAAUGCUCUUGAUAAACUAGUAGCCCUGACCAGAAGCACCAUUAAGGACCCCGCUGCUUUGUCUGACCUGGACAAGCUGCAGAAAAUACUCAAAGACAAGGUAAAUCAUAAUGAGUCUGCAUUGCUGGAGUCAAAGAAUUCGGAGGAUAGACGUAGUGUUUUUCAGCAGUGGAGUCUGGAGCUACAGGCGGCAGUCGAGGCAUGGAGCUGGAGUCUGGGGGAUGGAACUUUCAAAACACAUGUCUCUCUGCUUACCAAGCAAGUCCUUCCUCUGAUUAUGAAAUGGGAGUGGGGAACUACUGCAAACUUCCUCUACCAAUACCAAGAUUCCACCAUUCCACCUUGCCUCCGCUCACAAGAGAGAUUCCACCUGGUGGACGCCGGCCUACUGAUUAAUGUAGCCUACCCUUCAUUUCUGGGAGACAAGAGAGACAUUGACCUCAUCAUCGCACCAGAGUACAGCGCUGGAAACAUGUUUGAGACCCUGACUCUUGCCAGAGACUACGCAGCCGAGGUGAAGAAGCCUUUUCCAGAGAUAGAUGACAAAAUCCUGGAGGAGAGAGACUGGCCGAACGACUGCUACGUGUUCGAGGGGAAAGAGAAGGAGCCCACGAUCGUUUACAUGCCGCUCUUCAACAGACGCAACUGCAAAGACGCUGAGGAGUUCAAAGCAAAGAUGGAGGAGUUCUCCACCUUCCAGCGUCCCUUCAGCCAGGAGAAGAUUGAGUUUGUGCUGGAGACGGCAAAAUUCAACAUUGAGAACAACAAGGAGACUCUGCUGAGGGAGAUUAACAAAGCUGCUCUCCGCCGACACAAGAGGUUGGGAAGGGUCUGAGUGUGUAUGUGUGGUGGGGGUGUUAAGAUAGGCACAUAGAGAGACAUAAAAGAAUCUGAGAUGAUCUUAAAGCCAUGUCAAUGUAGGUCAAAGCUGAAUCUCACAUCUUUACAGCAUUAAUCUCUGUGUCUAAGGAAACUGUCUGUGUGAGAGAUGAAAAACGGAUUAAAUAACAAGAGUUUAUGUAAUAUCUGUGUGUGUUAGAGUGUGUGUGCUUGUCAGAGACAGAGAGAGAACGGGAUGACGAUGAUGGAUAAAUAACUGACUGAUCAGAAAUCUAACAUGUCCUGCUCUCUUUCUGUCUCCCUGUCUCUCUGAUUCUUGUCCUUUUGGUUUGGUGUGAACUAUAAUCUGAGGUUUCAUCAUGAACACAAGUCAGAUGUCGACCUCACUGUACAUGAGUGUAAGUCACAGUAGGCAGAGAAAACACAGCAUAACAUGUGUCUUCUGUCUUUGGACUGACAUUAUGAAUACAUAAAUUCAAUUUGUAACAGUUCUUUUAGUGUUAUUGAAGUAUGUGCAUUCUAUGGUCGCUGUAUGUGGACGGAUGUGAGCAAACUGACCAGUACAUUGGACUUUAAUGAUAUUGUGGAUGAUUUUGAAUUUUGUCCCAGUCUGACCCUUUACAUGCACCAAUAUUUACAGCCCGGAAACAAGUUCCAACAUUCCCGACCACAGGUGAGGGUUGGAAUGCAGCUCGACUGGUAGAUUUAAAGCCCUCUUCACCACAGCGGUCCGGUGCUGUAAAUCAUAAUGCUACCACAUAUAAUUAUAUUUUAGACAAUAAAUGACAGGAUACUACUUACAGAAGUGUGAUGUGGAAAUAGAAUGCACAUAAGUAGGAGACAUCUGGUAUUCAGCCAAUAAACUUUUGAAAUGGAAUAUAUUUCAACACAAAGAACAAAUCUUUAACUUUAACUCUCAGAACUUUGUCUCUGUUUUCACGACUAGAUUUCACAAUUAGGAAAGUACAGACGCAUAAAAGGAAGUGUUACCGUUUAAUUCAAAUGUUUUUCAAAGCCGGGAAAUACAUUCUGGGUCUAAAGUUAUUGCUGUCAGCCUAAUAAUAAUAAUAAUAACAUUAAUAAAAGGAAAAAUGAGGAGACAUGACCUCCGCCUCUUCAGCUGUCACUCUCCUGAUAUAAGCCAAAGACUGACUCUGAACGCAAACAUUCACAGCAUACCCAUUCUAAAUGUUAGUAUGUCAUUAUGUCACGUCUCAACCUCCAUACAGUGUCAGUCUGACAGUUUGCUGUAACCUCACUCUUUCUUUUUAAUUACCCAAAGCUAACGCUAGAGGUCGCGCAACAUCCGCAGGAGGGAGUUGCAGUGUCUUUAUGUAGGUCAAUACAACCUAACAUUCAAGGCCAUCUGCAUACAACCCAGUGCACUGCCUCCACAGUUGGUUGCUCUGCGACUGUCUUUGUAUUUUAGAGCAUCAAAUGAAUCACUGCGCUGGAUGAUUUCUUUUAUCAGUAAAGAAAAGAAUGAAAGAAUAUCACUUUUGAGUUUUGCUUUCUUUUUUAAUUGUGAAUAAAAUGAUUGAAUUUGA